CUCUGAAAAAAAAAAAAAAAAAACUGAAUAACAACGGCUCUGUAUCUAAAUCUCCGUUUGUUUUGUAGUUUUCUCAAAUUUCUCAAAUAUUUAAAGAGCCUGCGGCAAAAACAACCUCGAAAAAUGAAAGUCGAUCGCACGAAAUUGCUGAUCAUCUCGGCCAGUGUUUUCGUUUUUGCCAUCAUGAACGGCUGGCUGAUUUUUCCGAAAAUUUUGAAAUUUAUUUUAAAGAAACAGGUUAAUUUGAAACCCGGCUCGGAUAUACGAGAGCUGUGGGAGAACACACCAUUUCCGUUGCAUUUUUAUUUUUAUAUCUUCAACAUCACCAAUCCGGAUGGGUUUUUGAGGGGAGAAAAGCCAGCAUUGCGGGAAGUGGGGCCAUUUGUAUUUGAUGAAUGGAAAUCGAAAUAUGAUCUCGUUGACGAUGAGGAAGAGGACACGGUCUCCUAUAAUAUGCGCAAUGUUUUCAUUUUCAAUGAAGAGGCCUCAAAGCCAUUGACGGGCAAUGAGGUGUUCACGCUAAUGCAUCCGUUGAUUGUGCCCAUAUCAGUUGUUGUCCAGCGAGAACGGGCCGCCAUGAUGGAACUGGUCUCCAAGGCCAUUGAUAUUGUGUUCAAGGAUCAAAAGGGUAUAUUGACGGGAACUUUUAUGGAUAUUUUCUUUCGUGGCAUUAGUGUGGACUGCUCAUCGGAUGAAUUUGCCGCCAAGGCGCUGUGUACGGCCUUCUAUACGGGGGAGGUGAAGCAGGCCAUACAAGUGAAUGAUACGCAUUUUUUGUUUUCCUUUAUGGGGAGGGCCAACAACUCGGAUGCCGGUCGCUUUACAGCCUGUCGUGGUGUUAAAAAUGUCCAUAAAAUGGGUACCAUUCUAAAAUUUGCCGAUGAGCCGGAAAUGGACAUUUGGCCAGGGGAUGCCUGCAAUCAGUUCAGGGGUACCGAUUCAACAGUGUUUCCUCCGUUUCUACACAAGGAUGAAGGCCUGUGGGCAUUCACCCCCGACCUUUGCCGUUCUCUGGGGGCUCACUAUGUCAAGAAAAGCUCCUAUCACGGAUUGCCGGCCAGCUAUUUUACCUUGGAUUUGGGGGAUAUAAAGGCCGAUCCUGAGCUCCAUUGCUUCUGUGAUGACCCGGAGGAUGUGGAUACAUGCCCGCCCAAGGGCACCAUGAGUUUGCAUGCGUGUACCGGGGCACCGGUCUUGGCCUCAUUGCCCCAUUUUUACAAUGCCGAUCCGGCCCUAAUAGCUGGAGUGGAUGGCCUGAAUCCCAAUGAGCAUGAUCAUGCAGUUUACAUUGAUUUUGAAUUGAUCUCCGGCACUCCCCUGCGUGCCGCCAAACGUUUGCAAUUCAGCAUGGACAUUGAACCGGUACCAAAAAUUGAACCCGUGGCCAAUAUACCCAAGGUGGUGCUGCCCAUGUUUUGGGUAGAGGAGGGGGCAGCCCUGAACAAGACCUACACCAAUAUGCUGAAAUACACACUGUUUUUGGGUCUCCGCUUCAACGCAGGUCUACGUUGGACCCUGAUAACCCUCUCAAUGGUUGGCAUGAUGGCCAGUGGUUAUUUGUUCAUGAAGAAAUCGGAUAGCAUAGAUAUAACCAUACCACCCAAAUUGAUCGACAACAAGGUGAUGUCCGUCAAACAGGCCAUGCCACCAACCCAGGAUUCACCCGAGAAGCAGCCACCGCCGCCGCCUUUAUCGCAGGCGGAUCUAUCAAAUCCCAAGGUGGAAAAGUAUUGAGAAAGUGCGUCUUAUAAAAAGCUCUCUUUAUAUAUUUUUAAGUAGUCAAUAGAAGCCUUGGAAAAGGUCCUGUAGAGUUCUCAAAAAAGUAGCAACUCUUAUAUUUAAAAAAAAAAUACUUUGCGGAUGGAAAAUAUUUAUUUCGAAAAGUAUCUGAAAUAUUACGUAUUCUAGUUUUCGUUUCUCGAUUUUUGAAAAAAUGUAAAAACGUUAGCUUAAAAAUUGACAAACUUAGAAAAAUAAAUCAAUUCAUCAAAAUUA